CCCACUGCACUCCCUCAAAAAACAAAAAGAAAAAAAGAACUCCACUCGCACAGCGGCGAGAGCGGCGAGCUGCUCACCGGCGCGGACGGCCAAUCGACCCCGCUCCCGGCGCGAUCUCUCCGGACUGAUGGAAGCAGACAAGAAACCACGCUCGCAGCCCCGGUCACCGUGGUCAGACCUCCCGCUGGACAUAGGGGGCGUGGUGUUCAGCAGGCUCCCCCGGUACGCUGACCGCGCCGCCUUUGCUCUGGUGUGCCCGCAGUGGCGUGACGCCGCGAGGCGGCAGGUCCUGACCCUGCCACUGCCACUGCCGGUGCUCGCGCUCCCAGACGGCACCUUCUACAGCAUCUUCUACCCUAAGCUCUAUUCCUUCCCUGGCUGCGGCUUCGCGGGGUACGAGAGUGUCUGUGACAGCUGGCUCGUCUUCCCACGUGACGACGGCUGCUUCCUGGUCAAUCCAUUCUCCAGGGCCAGCUUCAUGCUCCCUGCUCUCUCCAGUGUCCGACUCCUGCCUCCAAAUGCAGUCGCUAAGUGGUCACUCGAGGAUGGGUCACAAGUUGCUGACCCUUACAUCACAUGGAUGCAUAUCAAUACAUCGGAAAAGCUGCACAUAAGUAAGCUACUCCUGUGCUCGCCAAACCUUGUUGCUGCACUGGUUGGCAUUGGACACACCAGCCAGAUUCUGAUGUGCCAGCCAGGGGCCUCGUCGUGGUCAGUGCGUGCUUACGAUCAGUGUAAGGGGUUCGAAGACAUGGCAUUCUACCAGGGAAAGCUCUACACCAUUGCCAAUGACGAGAACCUCCUUGUGGUGAACAUCAGCCAGGACCAUAGCACCGGCGAUCCACAGGUUUCUCGGAUUGGACAAAUCAUCAAGGGUGAGCCAUGGUAUCCAGCUGUGUUUGAGGACGACACUAUGUGCUGCAAGAAGCUUUACCUGGUUGAAUCGCAUGGGGUGUUGCUGAUGGCACGAAGGACGAUCAUGUGCCGGGUACCUGGACCUGGAGCGGUGCCUAUUGAAGUUGCUGGACUGACUGGGUUUGAGGUUUACAAGGCCGACUUUGAGCAUUCACGGUGGGUCAAGGUAUCGACCGUGGGGGAUGACCAACUGCUGUUUCUAGGGCGAAGGUGCUCCAGGGCCAUGUCUGUGUCUCAGUACGGGUUGCCCGGUGAUUAUAUCCUCUUCUUGGAUGAUGAUGAGGAGAAUCGUAUGGACUACUGCUACGACAGGGAGAACACUUCUUUCGGCGCCUAUAAAUUGGGAUCCGACGGUGUCCUUUUCCCUCAUCCCUAUAUUUCCUGGAAGCUUUGCGAUGAGAUGCGUCUGGCUGCAUGGCUCUUCCCUCGGGACCCAUGAGAAUGAGUCAUAAUGCUAUAUAUAUGCAAGCUGCUCCCAGGUUAUCUGGCCAUGCUAUAAAUGUUGUUGUUCCAGGGUUAUUUUGCAACCUGCUCAUAGGUUAUCUAUCUGACGGUGGUAUAUAUAUAUGGUGGUUGGUAUAGUGUUCACUGGUUUACCUACAAGACGUGAAAUGCGUUAGUAGUAUUGCUACUAUCUAUCUGAACUUUGUUACUCUGUUUAGUGUUGUUUGUUAAUCAGCGCUUGUCUGAAGUUAUCAUGGUGGUUUUUGAUUAGUAACGUGGCCUAUGAAAGAUCUUAAAACGCACCACCGCUUAUCUGAAUCAUUGUCACUGUGGUCUCUCUCUUUUUCUUUCUUUCCUUUUUUGCG